AUGCCGCGCACCCCGCUGAGGGGAAGAGGCGGAGCCGCCACCGCUUCUGCUUCCGGGCCGGCAUUUUCCCUGCGUCCGAGGCGGGAAAUGGCGGCUGGUCCAGCCCCGCCGUUAUUGUUGCCGUCGCCGGGGGAAAAGGGCGCUGGGCCGCCGCUCAGCCCGGCCGCCGCAGUCCCGCAGGACGCGCGGGUGCGGUGCUGCUCGCGGCGCGGCCUGGGCGAGGUGAUGGCGCUCUGUACGCCCUUUAUGCGUGCCCUGGCGCAGGGGCAGCCGGGCGAGUCCGCCGCCGCGGGAGACGCGCUCUGGAACUUCGAAACAGCGAUGCGGGAGAACAUUACCAUUAAUGGGCAGCCCUGGGAGGAGACUUCGGGUGAUUCCGAUCUGUACAGCGGUUCCGACAUGAAAACCCUUGAUGAUCAAAUUGAGGAACUAAUAGUGGAGACAACAAAAAAACGUAAGCAGUGGCCUAAAAAGAUACUGAAGCAUGCUGUCCAGACAUACAAAGCAGAGCAAGAGAUGUUGAAGCUCUACCAGCCUUUUGUAGCACCAGAAGAGAUAAGAUCACAGCUUUCUCAAGAUGCUUACAUCGCAGAUUUGAAGCAGAUGGCAGAAAUGGUAUUCAAAGAGAUCGGUGGAGCAAUGAAGUCUCUCCCAGCACUAAUAGAAAGAGCAGAAGGUUUUUCCCAAGUGUUAACUUGGCAACCAACCUUGGAACUCUGCAGGCUGCGGCAAGAAGUCUUUUCUGUUUGCAAGGCAAAGCAGGAAAAUAAUGUCCAAAAUGAUAUAUCACCAGGAGAAGUCACAGCAACAGAUGCUGCUAUCAGGAAAAAUCGUUAUGUAUUGCUAAAAACAAAAAAGACAGCAAGUUCACCACAACGGAGACGCUAUCCACUGGGGGGGAAGAUUGCUCUCAUGACAUGAAUUUCUCAUGUAGCAUUUUCCGAUUGGAAUCUCGCUUCCACUGUGCUCAGUGUUUCUUCUUAAAACUGUGUCUCCUCUCUAAUACCGUGCUACACAUGGGAGCUUCUUUAAUUAUUUAGUCAUUGAUCCUUCUAAAUAUUUGUGGGUUUUAUGUCGUACUGAUGUAUGAAAGCAAUAUGCAUACCAGUAGCAUCUGAUACCCAGCAAGUAUAUUUGCCAAUUAACUCAUUUUAUGGUCUUUUAUUACAGCAUUUAGCUUGAGUCCUCAUGCUUCUCAGUGCACACCCGUGAUGUGUGUGAGCAGUUUUUUAGUAAAACCACUAAGUGCUUAUUUACAUGUCUGAAGAGACUGGAGAAUGUCUGGUUCUCCUAGUACUCAGUAGGGUGGCCAUUUUUUUAAUAAAUCAGUUUUAAAAGAAAGUUACAUUGGAGCAUAUUGAGAACACCAGGUGGGGAUAUGUUACAGUGUUUAGAAAAUCCACACACAGAUGUGACGUCAGUCCCUGCUCUUCCACCUUUCCUGAAGUUAGGUCAGUUGUGUUUGUUUAUAGUCAUGUUUGUUUGAACUUGGAUUUUUAGUAAUCGUAUGUAUUUAUUUUGCAACAUGCUCUUCUGAGCAAGCGUUUGACCCUCUACACUUUACCAUCUGAUAUUGAGAAACUGGAUAGAAUCCAAUUCUGCAGUCUGAAGCGUUCAUGGACAGUAUUUCUACACGUUACAGGAUAUUGACCUGGGUCACAUACGCAUUUGUGGUGUUUGACUAAAUUUUAAAAAUCAGAAUAGGCCAUCAGUAAAUGGUAUUAAGUUGAGAUAGCAUACUUUUGGGGUUUUUUUACACAUUAGCACUUACACCAUUGCAGAGUAGGACUAAGUUGAGCAUUGUGCCUUAACCAUUCAUAACUUUUUUUGGUUUAGGAUUGCGUGUACUUGCAGUAAAUACUCGUGUCUAAUAAGUAGUAUAUUUCUCACACAGUAAAUGGAGCUUUAGAAGGUUUAUUAAUGAAAUUCCCGUGGUAAGAAAUUGGACCUGUUGGUCCAACAUAAUGUGUGAGAGACUUAAAACUUCCAAGAAAAUGUGUGAUAGAUUUUUAGCACUAUUUUAUAAAGGUGAACAUCUCUACUAAGAAUCUAUAUAUUUAAGCAUAUGUAAAUAUUUACUUCCUGUUGCUCUUGUAUAUGCAAA